ACUUGCAUUUACCUUAUUUUAAUGCGUCUUUUCUGUUUGUAAGUGUUUUCAGAUGCCAUGUUUUCCAUAAGUGUGGAGAAAUGAGAUUCCCACAAUGCAACGUGUUUUGCUGUUUCCAUAGCGACUUCAGUCAACCCAAGAGGAGGAGGAUACUUCAUAGCAUCUACCGACUCCGUUACCAUCACUGGAGCACCAAUGUCUCAGUUCUCUGCAGAGGAUGAGGCCGAGCUCCAGUCGCUCCUGCGGCAGCUGCUGAGGAGCACCAAGGAGCGCAUCUCCGGAGCCCCGUCUGUGGAGUAUGCGGAGGAGAUACUGCUGCAUCUGGAGGAGACCGACAAGAACUUUCACAACUAUGAGUUUGUGAGGUACUUGCGGCAGUAUGUGGAGAGCAGCCUCGGGGCCGUCAUAGACGAGGAGACGGACAGCUGUGCCAGAGGAGAGGGCCAUGCCAUCGGCACGGGGCAGGACACGCUCGUGCACGCGGUCACCAGGAAGACCAGGGAGGCAGCAGAGUACAAGCAGAUGAUGCAGACGCUGAAGAACACCAUGAUGGUGGUGGUGGAGUCGCUCAUCAACAAGUUUGAGGAGGACCAGCUGAAGAAGGAGGAGAUGCACAGGAAGAGCCAGCACGAGAAGUCCAGCAGCCACUACACAGACAACUGCUCCGACAGCGACUCCUCCUUCAACCAGAGCUAUGCCUUCAUAAAGCACGAACAACUGCAGGUGAUUGCUGACAAGCUGGAUCCCAGCAGGCCAAAAGAGGUGCGUUGGGAGGCCUUGCAGUCUCUGUGUUGCGCCCCUCCGUCUGACGUGCUGAGCUGUGAGAGCUGGAGUGGCCUGCGCAGGAACCUGUCUGCUGCCCUCGCCGACCCCGACCCCGACCUCAGUGAUAAGGUUUUGCGAUUCUUCGCCAAAACAUUCUCCUCGUGCCCACUGAGUGUCACCAGGGACAUCUACACCAGCCUCGCUAAAAGUUUGGAGAAUGACUUCCUGUAUCGCAAAGUGAGCUUCCCGGCUGCUUCGGAUGGCCUGGACGCCAGCCGUCAGGAUAUGGCACGCCUCCUCAAGCAGAUGCGUUUACUGAACGACUUCCAGAAAGAAGUCACCUCAUUCUGGAUACGACACCCAGAGAAGUACAUGGAGGAGAUCGUUGAGAGCACGCUGUCUCUGCUGUCUCUGUGCUCCGUGCCCGGUGUGGAGCCCCACGGGGCCGACAGGACCCUGGGGCCACUCCACCUCCUCUCCCUCCUGGACACCAAGGCUACCUGGUUCAAGAAGUGGAUGCAUGGCUACUACAGCAGAACUGUUGUCCUCAGACUUCUGGAGAGGAAGUACAAGUCGGUGAUCAUAGCCGCAGUGCAGCAGUGUGUCCACUACUGUGAGAAGUCUGAGCCAGCUGGGGAUGACACCACCGACCUCAGCUAUGCGAUGGAGCAUCAACAGAUUAGCCCUAUUCAGAGGAUGGUGUACACUGGGAGGGAGCUGGACUACGUGUACUUUGUGCACUCGCUGUGUGUUCUCGGGAGGCUUCUCAUGUACACCAACGGCAGGAAGCUCUUCCCUAUCCGACUCCACAACCGUCGAGAUCCAGUCACGUUGACUGACCUGGUGGUGAUCUUCAUCAGAAUAAUGUACCAGCACCCAAAACCGGCCUUUGGUGAUGCCACUCACACAGACUCCCUGUCUCCUCCGAGCCUGGUGAUGGAGGUGCUGCGUCCGCUGUGUGAGCGUGUGGAGUGUGCUGUGGACUGCCUGUACCAGCCCCCCGUCCUCCAGCUCCUGCUGGCCCCCGUCAUCGCCCUGCUCAAGGGGAAACAGCCCAGGAUGAAGUCCCUGGAGAGCACCAUGAUCCACGUGGCCGACACACUGGCACGCAUGGCCACCACGGAGAGAGGCCUGGCCCUCUUCCUGUACGACAGGAACCUACUCUCCGCCGAUGGGGAAAGCACUUCAGCGGCCCACAUCAUAGUGCAGUUCACCCAGAGGCUGCUGGCCAUGGAGGUGGUGGGCGUGCUGGCGGGGCCGGAUGCCCACAUGGCCGUAAGCGGGGCCUUCAUCUUCGUCUGCCGCCAGAUGUACCACACCUGCGAGGGCCUGCAGGCUCUGCGGCCCUACGGCCUGCACGGGUGCAUCGCCGCCACCUGGAGGAAGGCAAGUGCCCAGUCAGAGCGGGUCCCUACCCCUGUGGCUGGAUCCCCCAGUACACUCUGCUCUCAGGAGCCCACCAACACGGUGCUGUGGGAGGAGACUCUUCUGGACAACUUGUUGAAUUUCGCCGCUACGCCGCGCGGGCUGCUCCUGCUCCAGCAGACGGGUGCCAUCAACGAGUGUGUGACCUACAUGUUCUCACGCUUCACCAAGAAACUACAGGUGAGCCGCUGUGAGAAGUUUGGCUACGGCAUGAUGGUGACUCAGGUGGCAGCCACAGCACCCGGCGCAGUCGCCCUACACAGCUGUGGCUUUAUCCAGGCCAUGGUGGUGGAGCUGUGGUCCACUCUGGAGUGUGGCCGAGAGGAUGUGCGCGUGGUCCACCCCAAGUCCACUCCCAUGGACCCCAUAGACAGGAGUUGCCUGAAGUCAUUCCUGACUCUGGUGAACCUGCUGUCAUCUCCGUAUGCUGCGUGGGAGCUGCUGGGGGGGCAAGUGUUGCCCAACAAGAGCAGCUACAACCUCCGGGAGAUGCCCACCUCCAUCCCUGACUUGAUUGACAGGCUUAUUGCUGUUAACUCUGAUGCCAAGAUCCACUCGCUCUUCAACUACGAGCAGUCGCACACAUUCGGCCUGAGGCUCCUGAGCGUGCUGUGCUGUAGUCUGGACACCCUGCUGCUGCUGGAGGCCCAGUACGGGCUGGGGGACAUGCUGCUACAGGCCCAGAGGGACAACCUGACCCACCCCGACACCGGAGAGGGGGAGUUCAUCAUUGACGGGCUGUCCGUGGAGCGCAAUCACGUGCUUGUGCGGAUGAGCAUCAUCGGAGGCCCCUCUGAGAGAAGACUUCCACCAAGGGCCCUAGCCAAGGGGAGCGAUCCAUACCCUUGGCCCAUGUUCUGCUCCUACCCCGUGCCCAGGCAGUACAUCCUCGAUGGGCCCAAGACAUCCAGAGGCAGGCAGGAGUCUGAGCUGAGUGUGUUCCUGUCCUCGUGGAAGGAGGCGCAGCAGGAGGAGGGCUGGAUGGACAGCUGCAGGAGGCUCUACUGCAAGGCCAUGACCACCAAGGCCUGCGCCAUCACCGGAAACCUGCUUUGUGAUCUCCUGGAGAAGGCUGUGCUGCAUCUCUCCUCCUGCCCAGCCGAGUGUGUCUUCCCAGCCAUGGAGCCCAGUGUGGAGGUCAGUGGGGCAGAGAGCUGUGGCCUGUCCCCUGUGGAGCAGCUGGGACUGAUCACCACCGUCAGGUACGGAAAGUUCCUGAAACUCCUGAAGGAGGACUCUGAGGCGGACCUGGCCCUGUUGCUACGACGAUGCAAGGACUUCCUGUCCCAGCAGCGUGUGGACACCAACUCAGACACUCUCUACUCCCUGCGGCUGGGCUCUCUGCAGCCUCACGAUUGGCUCGUGUCCAGUGUCUUCCUGAUGACGUCAGGCGACGGCUCGCGCUCAUUGGCUCUCCUGCUCCGCCUCUCUCGCCUGCUCUCCUCUGCAUUCAUCUGGCCGCACAGACUACACGCCUCUGUGCAGCUGCCGGUGGAGCUGGGCCAGUGUGGCGUGCCGGCGGUGUACUGGUGCACGGCGCACUACGUGGAGCUGCUGCUCAAGGCCGAGGUGCCCCUCGUCAGCUCCGCCUUCCGCAUGUCCGGAUUCACCCCCUCACAGAUGUGUGUGCAGUGGCUGGGCCAGUGUUUCUGGAACUACCUGGACUGGCCUGAGGUGUGCCACUACCUGUGCACAUGCGUGGUGCUGGGCCCUGACUACCAGGUGUACAUGUGCAUCGCCGUGCUCAAGCACCUGCAGCAGGACGUCCUCGCCCACGCCCAGACACAGGACCUGCAGGUCUUCCUGAAGGAGGAGCCCAUCACAGGCUUCAAGGUGAGCAGCUACCUGGAGUUCAUGGAGGGACUGGAGCGCCGCUACAGAGCCAUGGUGCUCAGCGACAUGAGGAGCAUCCUGCACAAGCACAGCUGAUGAGGAGAGUUCCAGAAUCUUCUUGGCACCGUGUUAUCAAUACAAGGUUCUGGAUUCAGAACCUCUUCAUAGAGUCUGGACCAAUUAGAACAUCUUAGAAUUGUACAAAAACUAACACACACCCUACCACCUUACCACCACCCUACACACAAAGCUGGUGAGGAAACCUUCUGGAAUCAACAAGCUCCGGAGCCAAAAUCAGUAUCUGCAUCUCCUUGGUACAGGAUCGACUGGAAUUGGAGUUGGUCUGAACAUACUCCAACUGUAGACAAAAAAAACUAUAGCUGUCAAGAUUCUGUGCCUACAGCUGUUUUGCCUUGUACAAUCAUCGCAUCCUGGAUACAGAAAUGAAUAAGAACAAUUGAUGAAUCUCUGAGAAUAUGAGAAACUCUGAAACAAUUUGAACCAAUUUGAUGCUGAACUUGUACAACAAAGCCAGGGAUUUGUA